AGAGAGAGAGAGAGAGAGAGAGAGAGAGAGAGAGAGACAGCUGAGAACAUCCGCUGGAGGAGCAGACAGACAGACUGCGGGAAGAGUGCUGCCGGGUGCUGGGACAGAACACGCCGCUAAAAUGGGAGUGGAAAUCGAGACUAUAACCCCGGGCGACGGAAGGACUUUCCCCAAAAAAGGACAGACGUGUGUGGUGCAUUAUGUCGGCUCCCUGACAGACGGACGCAAGUUUGACUCAUCUCGUGACAGGGACAAGCCUUUCCGGUUCAAGAUUGGCAAGCAGGAAGUGAUCCGAGGCUGGGAAGAGGGUGUAGUGCAGAUGAGUGUCGGUCAAAGGGCCAGGCUGACCUGCUCACCUGACUACGCUUACGGAAACAAAGGCCACCCGGGUAUCAUUCCUCCUAACGCCACCCUCAUCUUUGACGUUGAGCUGCUGGGUUUGGAAUGAAACAAAUUCACGGCCUAAUUCUUUGUUUUGUGUGACUUCCUACCUGGGUGACCUGGAGAGAAGCUAGGAGAGUCUGCACUUGAUUCUAUAAGAGGCUUGAGUCUAUAGUUCCACUACUUAUUUCAUCGGACUAUUACAGUUUGUGUUAUUUUGUCUCUCUGUGACUGAGUGAAUUAUAUUUUUCCAUCAUAUUCUUCCUCCUAAAAAACUAUGGGCCAUAACCUUACAAACCUCCAUGUUCUUAAUCUUGAUUUUUUAUUUUAUUUCAACUGCUCUUUUCAUUUUCUUUGUGUUUUUGAAGUGUCGAUUGUGCAUGGUUGCGCUGAGAAGUACAAAAUACCAAUGAACCACUAGCAGUGACAGUCAUCUCUUAGGAGUUGAUGCAUAAUAGUAAUACAAUGUUUGAGAGCUGGUGCUUGUUAUAUCACAGAAACAAAAAAAGUGUAGAAAAGAAAAAUGAAAAGCACACAUUUGUAUCCCUGUCCAGCUUAAAAUCAGAACAAAGGAGUUUCUGUUAGAGAGAUGAGGCUUAGUGUUGAAUUUAGUGGCUAGUUGUAGUGAAAAUUCAAGUCAUGGGAAGCCUUAAUAAUGCGACACAGGAACCGACCCAUUUCUAUAUAGUACCACUGUUUUCUUUGUCAUAGAAGUUGUGUGUGAGCUAGAGGGGGGUAAUUGGCACAAAGGAGAACCAAUCACACUUGUAGAUAGUUCUAAUGUGUGCCAAAACACCCCGUCUGCAUGUUCUAGGCCCGACGGAAACCCUAGUAUGUACGUGUUGAAAGCUUUGCAUCCGAUUUGCGUUCUUAUAUUGCCUUCUCACCUCGCCAAGUCUUUAAACCCCAUUUAAAGCCAUACACAGGUCGAACAGUGCAAAGGCAGGAGUUGCGUUGACGCACAUCAAUUGGAUUGUUAUUUUUUUCUUGGAAGAAAAAGGGAAAUGCUUGAAAUUUACAAAAGGGGGUUGAGGGAUCAAUUACCCCCACCCCCCAAACUUAUUUUGUGUAACAACUACAGUCAUGUAUUUUUCAGAUGCCAACUUUCUAUCUCUGAGAAUCAACACAGCUAAUGUAUAACCUAUGAUGUUUUUCUUUUCUUUUUUUCUUUUUUUAACUGAAGUCUAGAAAAAAUGCUUACACACAGGCAUCCUAGUGGUUUUGUAUCUCAAAUAAAAAGUUUUAAAUGGAGUUUAAAUGAAGGAAUAUGCUGGCCUGGCUGUCAGAUAUUGACCGUGGCUAUCGAUGUUACAUAUUGGCCAAGCUGCAACUGGUGUGGCAGCAGUCCACCUCUGUACUGUGUAGUUAUUUGCUGAUAUGUUACUGUAUGCAGGCUAAACCAAUGAUGACAUAUUUAAAAUAAAAGAAGUGCUCUCCA